AUGGCCCAAGUGGAAUCCGAUCGCUCGACGACGCCGACGAUGACCGGUCCCGCGGCGGAUCCUGCUUUGCUGGCCACCGGCAUCGGGGCUGCCGAAUCAGACAUCAGCAACGCCGGCAUUCUCCUUCCGGUUGAGGUCCAAGGAUAUACAGAAUCCCAUAGAAACUUUCUGUCUACAGACGCUAUCCCAGUACCGAGGUGAGCUUGAGACGUUGGCCGCUGGCUUGCGCGAUCGCGGCCGAUCUUUCGCCGAGAUUGUACCGCAGAUGUUCGUGGAGACGACGGAGGACCUGCAGCCGAAGGCUCGGUCCAUCAUCGAUUCACUCCAAGAUUUGGUAAGAAAAUUCUUCGAGUUUCUUCUCGAGCUCUUCAAUUCAGACGCCUCUUGACUUGCCUCUGCGACCAGCUACUGAGGCCUUUGUGAACGGCGCUGUCCUUCUAGCCAUCGCAACCCUGAGCAGCGUCCUCGGCAGCUUCGUCGUCGGUCCGCUGAUGCACAUCCUCGUUUUGCGCUUCACUGCCGGCUGCCUCGCCGUCGCUCUCCCUGUUUAUGGAUUCCGGCAGCUUCAAAAGGUUGGUACAGCACAAAACAUAUCAGUUUCCAUAAGUUCGAAAAGUUUCCAACGCGGUCAAAAAUGUCUAUAUGAUACUGACUACCAUUUGUGCGUUUCAUCAAAGAAAGACGUCGUUUUCUUGCAGUUGCAAGCUGAAGGUGUUCCCAACGAGAGCAUUCGCGUACACCUGACGUACUUGGCAGCGGCUCAAGGCCUUCUGUCGGGCUACGCCAUCAGCCAUUCGUACUUGCAGUCGCAGCCGCUGAUGUUCAUUGCCCCCUUGGUGAUGUCGCUAGCACUUCCUCUGCUGGUCAACCAAGGUCGGCCAGUCGUUUUGGCCGCAGCGCUGUCGUUGGCGACGAUUGUCAACCUGUUUGUCGGCGAGCUCUUCCAAACCGGUACAGUCUCCUACUUCUUCUUGUCGCUGCUUUACACGGCCAUCGCUGGCGCCACUCUCCAGCUUGUAUACCGGGUUCGUUAUCAGAAUUUUUCAAAGAGCAUUCUCUUUUUCUACAGGAGGAGCCUCAAGGCCGCGCUCACGUCUACGCUCUGCUUCUCAGCGGUGCGACAUUAGCCGUCAAGACCGUUGUAUUCGGCGUCUUCGGUAGUUCCACUCAAUAA